UUGAUUGGGAGUCGGGUCAGGGCCCCGAGGCGCCGCUGCAGUUGGGAGAUCGCACCAGGGCCGCCGCUGCUGCUGCGUCUCGCUCCUCUAGCAACGGGUUUUUGUCCCAGCCAUGCACAUAACCCAGCUCAAUCGAGAGUGUCUGUUACAUCUCUUCUCCUUUUUGGACAAAGACAGCAGGAGGAAUUUAGCCAAGACAUGCUCCCACCUGCGAGAUGUGUUUCUGGAUCCUUUACUCUGGCCCCUGUUGAGUUUUAAUUCCUUAAUCGAGCUGAAGAAGGAUAACUUUCUCCUGGGCCCGGCGCUGAGGCAUUUGUCUAUCUGCUGGCAUUCAAGCAGAGUGAAGGUGUGCAACAUUGAAGACUGGCUGAAAAACACGUUCCAGAGAGACAUCUGCAGCAAGCACGAAAACCUGGUCAAUGACUUUCUGCUUCAAGUUUGCCACAGGUGUCCCAACCUCCUUUCACUGAUGCUCUCGGGCUGUGGCCACGUGACGGACGACUCCAUCACGCUGCUGCUGAGGAGCUGCCCCUACCUCAGGACCCUCAAGCUGGAGAACUGUGUGCGGAUCACCAACCAGACCCUGGCCGCCGUCACCGUCUACGGGGGCUCCCUGCAGACGCUCAACGUGGACUUCUGCCGGAACGUGAGCCAGGCGGGGCUGAAGCAGGUGCGGGAGAAGUGCCCUCUGGUGACCCUGAGGGCCGAGAGGAGCGCCGCCAUGAUCCCAGACACUCAACCCGUGCAGAAGCUGACUCUGGACUGGCCGGGGAGAAAGCACAGCCAGCGCUAACCCACUCGGUAUCCCGUUCCCAUUAUGCCUUCUCCUCACCGUUCUGAAAAACGUUGGAUCGCUUUGUUUUCAGGAUGUCCCGGCCGGAGCGGGUCUGUCCUCCCUCCAGAUGCUCAAAACGAUCGCUGCCUCCAAGGAGCUGGGAAUGAUGGGGGGGAAUGGCCAACUUCCACUUGGAUUGGAUGCAAGGAUUCUCCUUACCCUACUCUGCCGUCUCUAUCUGAAGUCCAGAUUGCCCCCGCUUUGAAGUGCAUGUUUUUGAUUCAUGCUGAAGAUGAUCCUCCAUGAGGAUGAUGGGAGAAAGGCUUGAACAGGCUGAUAAAAGAUUUCAGUUGCGGUUGCCUAGGACUUUUUUGUAAA